AUGUCCGCAUUCGCCUUCGCCAGAUCCUUCUCCUCCCGCACUUCCUCCGCCUCCUCCCGCAAGAUGGGCCUUCUCAUGAUCUCCUACAUCGGACUUGGAUUCACUCUUCCAUUCGCCCUUCCUCUCAGAUCUACCCUCAACCAUGACUCAACACCGACACCAUCUCCUGAUCUCGACUCCACUACGACUUGUCACUCCGCUUCCGCCCAAAACUCGGAUCAUUCACUUCCUCCGAGCUCGGAUUCGCCGCCCCGUCGCUCCGCUUCUCCACCUCGGCUAUCUUCUGAUACUCGUGGCCUGGCUCCCGGCGUGCUAUUCUGUCCGUCAGCUGUCUGA